CUGGUUGGCGGGAAUUCUACGAAUGGUGUGGGUUUGUUUAUCAAAGAGUUAAAAUGGAAGAAAAUUUAAUGGAAGUAGAUGAGAAGAUUACAAAACAAGAUCCGAAUAUUUCAAGCGAAAUAAAGAAAAAAGAAAACAUUCCAUGGGUUGAAAAAUAUCGACCUGUCCGAUUUAUUGAUGUUGUUGGAAAUGAAGAAAUGAUAUCUCGUUUUGAGAUUUUUGCAAAAGAAGGAAACCUACCAAAUAUUAUUUUAGCUGGUCCGCCAGGAGUGGGUAAAACAACUACAAUUCUUUGUUUAGCAAGAGAAAUGCUUGGACCAGCUUUCAAAGAUGCUGUAUUAGAAUUAAAUGCAUCUAAUGACAGGGGAAUUGAUGUUGUAAGAAAUAAAAUCAAGAUGUUUGCACAGCAAAAAGUUACUUUGCCAAAAGGAAAACAUAAAAUUAUUAUUUUGGAUGAAGCAGAUAGUAUGACUGAAGGAGCUCAACAAGCAUUGCGAAGAACAAUGGAAAUAUAUUCUAAAACAACUAGAUUUGCAUUAGCAUGCAAUACAUCAGACAAAAUCAUUGAACCAAUUCAAUCAAGAUGUGCAAUGGUUCGUUUUAAUAAAUUAAGUGAUGCAGAAAUUCUACAAAAAAUAAUGCAAGUAUGUGAGAAAGAGAAUGUCAGCCAUACAGAUGAUGGAUUAGAAGCAAUAGUAUUUACAGCACAGGGUGAUAUGAGACAGGCUCUGAAUAAUUUACAGUCAACAUUUUCAGGAUUUGGCCAUGUAUCUAGUGAAAAUGUUUUUAAGGUAUGUGAUGAACCACAUCCAUUGCUAAUUAAAGAUAUGCUGACUCAUUGUGUAAAUGCUAAUAUAGAUGAUGCUUAUAAGAUAAUGGCUCAUCUCUGGAAAUUAGGAUAUGCUUCAGAAGAUAUUAUUACAAAUGUCUUUCGUGUCUGUAAAAAUCAUUCCAUGCCAGAAUAUUUAAAAUUAGAAUUUAUCAAAGAAAUUGGAUAUACACACAUGAAAAUUGUCAAAGGAGUUCAGUCUUUAUUACAAAUGUCUGGACUAUUAGCUCGACUUUGUGAGAAAGCUUCAACUUUAAUUGAAAAUAAAUAAGUUGUUUUUUUUAAAUAUUUUUUGUAGAUAAAGUUUUCAAAAAAUUUUUGUUUUAAAGUUUAUUUGCUUUAAUCACAUACAUCAAAUACAAUGUUGAUCAAACAUUUAAGUUGCUUAGACAAAUCUAAUUGUAUAAAAUUAUUAACAUAUUAUUCUAAAGAAAUGUAAAUAAAGGGUACAACAUCAAAUACAACAAAACAUCUUCAGUGCAUAAUAUACAAUAAGAUAUCAUUAAUAAUAAUGAUGUGACUAAGAUUAAUCACUAAUAUUAUGCACAAAGGAAUUUGAAUUUGUUCUUGCUCAUAUUUUAAAAUGAUUUAAAUGUAUUAGUAAUAACAUCUUCAUAAAACUAAUACUGUCUCAUUUUAUAAAGAGAGUGAAAUAUCCAAAUAAGAUAAUCUUUAUACUAAACAUUUAACAAACAAACAAUAGAAUUAUCUGUUAUCAUCAAUC